AUGUUCAAGUUUUUCAAUUCUGAUUUCUUCAAUUUCGAGUUUCUUCGCGUCCUUGACGCAGCUCCUUUCUAUGGGUCUGAAACUGGAGAAUGUCUCGAAGCCAGAACCAAAAUUACAGAUGGUGAUCCAGAGAGCUGGUACCAUGCCUGGACUUCGCAAGCUGAGCGUGCUGUCAAGAUAGCUGAGGAAGCAUCCAAGCACGGGGAUCGAGUUGAGGCAUCAUGGGCAUUUAUUCGCGCCUCAAACUACUACCGAUCGAGCGAGUUCUUUCUGCAUUGCAAUACACAAGACCCUCGCAUUCUCGACGCAAUCCAGAAGAGCUCAAAUACGUUCGAACGAGGUGUUAGACUACUGGAUGGCGAGCUGCAUACCUUUGAUAUACCAUUUGAAGACAACAUUUCUCUUCCCGCGAGAUUGUUUCUUCCUCCCGCCCAUAAGAGAGUGACUGAUAAGCUGCCGAUAUUGGUUCAAAAUGGUGGCUUUGACUCGACACAAGAAGAGUUGUACUUUUACGGGCCAGCAGGCGGACUACCGCGCGGAUAUGCUGUUCUCACCUAUGAUGGGCCUGGCCAAGGCAUUUCUCUGCGACGAGACAAGACUCGCAUGGUCCCCGACUGGGAGAGAGUAACCGCAAAGGUGCUAGACUAUCUAGAAUCCAAGCUGGCGACAAAACACAACAUUGAUAUGGAUCGGAUAGCGGUGACGGGAGCAUCGCUCGGAGGAUACCUGGUGCUACGAGCUGCUGGCGAUCCGCGAGUUAAAGCAGCCAUCUCAACAGAUGGAUGCUAUGAUCUCUUUGACGUGACCAAGAGCCGAAUGCCCAAUUGGUUCAUCGGUGGCUGGCUGAGCGGCUGGCUGAGCGAUGGAUUCUUCAACUUUGUUGUCAACCGCCUUGCUGCGGGCAACUUUCAGCUUCGGUGGGAGUUUGGCCACAGCAUGUGGCUAUACGGCGUUGACAACCCUGCAGAUGUCAUGAGACAAAUGCAGCGCUACACUCUGCGCCUUGAAGACGGCAAAGAAUACUUAGAUAAGCUCAAAUGCGCCACUCUGAUCACCGGUGCUUCUGACACUUUUUACUUUGUUCCGGACAUCAACGCUGAGCGAAUCUACCAGAAGCUGGGACACCUUGACAGCGGCAAGAAGGAGCUUUGGAUUGGCAAGGGAGUGCAUGAGGGUGGCCUCCAGGCCAAGAUUGCAUCGCUGGCACUCUCGCACCAGAAGAUUACGAUCUUUGCCGCCGCUAAAAUCAACGGCGUCAAUAUUGAAACGGCGUCGGAUUACCAGCAUAUGGUAACCAAUAAGACACCCGAGUUUCUGGCCAAGUUCCCUAUUGGCAAAGUUCCCGCCUUUGAAGCCACCGACGGCACAGCCAUCGCCGAAUCUGACGCUAUCGCCCAAUAUGUCGCAGAGUCAGGGCCUCAAUCAGCGCAGUUGCUAGGAGCCGAUGCUCAGGAGAGAGCCAGGGUCCGUCAAUGGAUCAAUUUCACCGACAACGAGGUUUACGUACACAUGAUGACUGUCGUCCUCUGUCGGGCAGGAUUCGAACCCUAUGUCCCCGAAAAGGAAGCGGCUGGCGCCAAAGGCUUGGCUUUUGGCCUGGGAGUUGUUGAGAAACAUCUCGCGGGCCGGGAGUGGCUCGCAACGGACCAGCUUAGCUUGGCCGAUCUGACGCUGGCAGCUGCUCUCUACUGGGCUUUCAUGCACUAUCUCGAUGAGGGCAGAAGGGAAGCGUAUCCUGUUACGACGGCGUGGUACCUGCGUACAAUCGGCGCCGAAGGGGUAAAGGAGAUUUUUGGACCACCCAACCUGGUAGCUAAUGCGAAGGAAUUCUAG